GUUAUUCAGUGCCAUCUUAGAGCAGGCCACCAAGGGGGACGGUGCCACUCCUAUUGGAGGGAAGGCAGCGGGCUUCGAUGUCAAGGCUCUAAGGGCGUUUAGAGUACUCAGACCCCUCAGACUGGUCUCUGGAGUACCCAGUUUACAGGUAGUGUUGAACUCCAUAAUCAAAGCCAUGGUUCCUCUGCUCCAUAUCGCCCUGCUUGUCCUCUUCGUCAUCAUCAUCUAUGCCAUCAUCGGCCUGGAGCUCUUCAUGGGCAAGAUGCACAAAACCUGCACUCACCAGAAUACAGGCACCAUUGCGGAGGAAAAGCCGGCACCGUGUGCACCUGAUGGAGCUUACGGUCGACACUGUAAAUACAACGGAACAGAGUGCAGAGUGGGAUGGGAGGGCCCAAACGAUGGCAUCACCAACUUUGACAACUUCGCCUUUGCCAUGUUGACGGUGUUCCAGUGUAUAACCAUGGAGGGCUGGACGGACGUUCUGUACUGGAUGCAGGAUGCUAUGGGCUAUGAGCUGCCAUGGGUCUAUUUUGUCUCUCUCGUCAUCUUCGGCUCCUUUUUCGUUCUCAAUCUCGUUCUGGGGGUGUUGAGCGGAGAGUUUUCCAAAGAGAGAGAGAAGGCCAAGGCACGUGGUGACUUCCAGAAACUCAGAGAAAAACAGCAACUGGAGGAGGACCUCAAGGGCUAUUUAGACUGGAUCACUCAGGCUGAAGACAUUGACCCAGAGAAUGAAGAGGAGGGCAUGGACGAUGACAAAACUAGAACUGAAACUACU